AAAUCUAAUGACAUUUAAACUAAAAAAUCACAAUAUAACCUAACACAACACUCGAGUUGAAUAAAAUAUUAAUCUUAUUACUACACUAAGUUAAAGUAAGGAAAACAUUGUUAUGAAUACCUCUAUCAUAAAACUAGUGCAGCAUAGUCUUGGUGUAAGUGGCGUAUUAGGGCAAUGUUCGCCUGCACUUGCAUCUCAGCUGCAUACAUCGGCGCCGCUAUGCAGGGUCGUGUCAGGAAAGUACAGGAUUACGAAGAAACGUGACAAGCCACUGACUUACGAGAUGGCGAACCCACCUCAUUACAUAGCUCACCGCAAAUCGUGGAACUCUUGGAACACAUCUAACCUAAAGGAUGGGCUUAGACGGUCCGAAACUGCAUUAGAAGAUGAAUUUAUCAGAAGAUUCAUGACUGGCACUUGGCAUGGACUUGUUUGUAGUGAGAUCAUAGUAAAGCGCCAGUUCAACCACAUCAGAGUAGCAGGUAUCAUUAGAAGAGCAGUGUCACCAACUAAAAUGUAUUUCCUUCUCGGUUAUACAGAGGAGUUAUUAUCAAACUGGCUGCAGUGUCCGGUCACACUUGAGCUGCAAACUGUAGACAGUUUCAAGGAUGUUGUGUUCAAAUAUAUUUAAUGUAUUAGAUUUGUUUGUAGUGUUAUGUUAGGUUUUAAAUAUAAUGUAAAUAAUUGAA